GUUGAUGGCGGCAAACGAACCUACUCCAACCAAAGACUUUUGGGCCUGGCCCCUGAGGAACUAAAUAAAGGCUCUGUGAGCUGUGCCUUCUCCCAUUUCCUCUCUUCCUUGUCCCUUAUACCCAACUGGACCAUUCCCUGGCUCUGCAGCAAAAUGAUCCUAGCCCGGUUUGACUUCCACAGUUUCUUGCUUCGUCUUUCCAACCAUCCCAGGUGGGGCUGCUACAGACGUCCUCGUCGACGGGCCCUUCUCCUCUGGCUCUUGUUCCUUUGUUUGCCCUGCUGUAUCCAAGCCACUACUUUCAAAGUGGGUGUGAUAGGUCCUUGGAACUGUGACUCUAUCUACGCCAGGGCCUACCCUGAUGCAGCUGCCAGCUUGGCAGUUUCUCGCAUCAAUAAGGACCCAACACUGAACCAGGGAUAUUGGUUCGAUUAUGUCCUCCUCAGUGAAGAGUGCCAGUCAUCCAAGGCCAUGGUGGGCUUUAUCAACUCAGAACGCUAUGCUUCUGGAUUUGUAGGUCCGGUCAACCCAGCAACCUGCGAAGCAGCUGGUUUGUUAGGAAAAGCUUGGAACAAACCCAUCUUCUCCUGGUCUUGCUUGACAGAUGAUGCCGAGGUGGAGCGAUUUGGCACCUUUGCCCGGCCAUUGCCACAGGCUUCCGCUGUGCUCUACACUGUGCUCAAGUACUUCCGAUGGGCUCAUGUCGCUGUGAUAACCUCUGCGCAGGACUUGUGGGUGGAAGUAGGCGAAGGCCUGGCCGAUUCGUUGCGUAACUUUGGCCUCCCUGUCAGUAUAGUGACCACCAUGGAAAAUGAACCCGAAGGGGCCCGGGAUGCUCUCCGCAGGGUACAGAGGGUCUACGAUGUAAAAGUUAUCGUUAUGUGCAUGCAUUCUGUGCUUCUGGGUGGAGAGGAGCAGCAAAUCUUGCUGGAGAAAGCGGAGGACAUGAAAAUGACUGACGGGACCUAUGUUUUCAUCCCCUACGAUGCCCUGACUUACAGCAUGCCCUACCAGAAGGAAGCCUACACUAUGUUGGAUGACAGCAUCAAAUUGCGCCUGGCCUAUGAUGCGGUGCUCACCAUCACCAUCGACUCACCAGAACGCUCCUUCCGUGAAGCCUUCCGGGAAGCUCAGGAGAAACGGGAUAUUCCUGGUCACCUCGAUGCUGACAAGGCUCAUCCUCUCUUUGGUACCAUUUUUAACUCCAUCUACUUCCUGGCCAAGGCAGUGGAAAGCACCCGUAAGGCUGGCAAGUGGGUGAUGGGCACCAGCAUUGCUGAAAACACCAAGGAUUUUGAGUUGGAAGGCUUCAGCCAGCCUGUGUCGGCUGAUGAAUAUGGAGAUGCUGUGGUCCCCUAUAUCAUCUUGGACACGGAUGGGAAGGGCAACCGCCUCUGGCGCACCUACAGCGUGGAUGUGGCUGCCGGCACUCUACGCUAUGUUGGCCACUCCAUCCACUGGCCCCAUAGCUCCAGUCCUGACUCGGAUUCCAAUUGCUGGUUUGACUCUGUCAACAUCUGCUCUGGAGGGAUAGAUGCUGGCUUUGUCUUUUUCAUCUUCCUUAUGAUUAUUGCCUUGACUCUGGGUGGAGCUGUCCUUGCUUUUCAUCUUAGGCGCCAGUUUCAGCACGCUCAGCUAAUGAGGGGGCCCAACAAGAUUGUCCUCACCAUGGAUGAUUUGACCUUCAUUAACACUGGGAACAGCAAAAAGAGAAUGAAUGACAGCCGUGCUAGUCUUGGAGGAAAGAGCAUGUCAGACAUGAAAAGUCUCAAGAGUGUGGCAGCUCAUCCGGACAACACCAGCGUUGCUGUGGCUGAGGUUGAUGAGAAGCAAAAAGCCAGCAGCCAUCUCCCUUUGCUCCUUCUUUUGUUUAACAGCCAAGGCAUAAUAGCCGCUGUCCAGGGUGACUGGGUCUGGCUGAAGAAAUUCCCAGGAGAACAGCACACUGAAAUCAAACCAGCUACUAAAACAGCUUUUUGUAAGCUGCGGGAUCUGCGGCAUGAAAACGUAAACCUUUUCCUUGGCUUCUUCCAUGACUGUGGGAUCUUUGCCGUUGUCUCGGAGCACUGCACCCGUGGGAGUCUUGAGGAUCUCAUCCAAAACAAGGACAUGAAGUUGGAUUGGAUGUUCAAGUCAUCCUUGCUUCUGGACCUGAUUAAGGGGAUGAAAUACCUGCACCAUCACGACUUUGCACAUGGGCGGCUGAAGUCUCGGAACUGUGUCGUGGAUGGCCGCUUUGUCCUCAAAGUCACAGAUCAUGGCUACAAUGAGCUGCUGGAGGCCCAGAAGAUCCCACGAGCACCAAUGAAGCCCGAAGAAAGGUUCUGGACAGCACCAGAACUGUUGCGAGAUCCAUCACUGGAACGAAAAGGCACCCUGAAAGGAGAUGUCUAUAGUAUCUCCAUAAUUAUGCAGGAAGUCAUAUGCCGCGCACCUCCGUACUGCAUGCUGGAUAUGACUCCGGAAGAAAUCAUCAGUAAAGUGGAGAAGCCGCCACCACUUUGCCGGCCUUCCGUUUCUGUAGACCAAGCGCCGAUGGAAUGUAUUCAGCUGAUGAAACAGUGUUGGGGUGAGCAGCCAGAAAAGAGGCCCAAUAUCAAUCAAAUAUUUGACCAGUUUAAGAACAUCAACAAAGGUAGGAAGACAAACAUCAUUGACUCCAUGCUACGCAUGUUAGAGCAGUACUCCAGCAACUUGGAGGACUUAAUCCGAGAGCGAACAGAGGAGCUGGAGGUGGAGAAGCAGAAGACGGACAAGUUGCUAACACAGAUGCUGCCCCCCUCCGUGGCAGAAGCCCUGAAGACAGGAGCCCCUGUGGAGCCAGAGUAUUUUGAAGAGGUGACCUUGUACUUCAGUGACAUUGUGGGCUUCACCACCAUCUCAGCCAUGAGUGAGCCCAUCGAGGUGGUCGACCUUCUCAAUGACCUUUAUACCCUCUUUGAUGCCAUCAUCGGUUCCCAUGAUGUCUACAAGGUGGAGACCAUUGGUGAUGCUUACAUGGUAGCGUCAGGACUACCCAAGCGCAAUGGGAACCGGCAUGCGGGUGAGAUCGCCAACAUGUCACUUGACAUCCUCAGUGCUGUUGGCAGCUUCAGGAUGCGUCACAUGCCAGAGGUGCCCGUACGGAUUCGCAUCGGCCUGCACUCAGGGCCUUGCGUGGCUGGCGUAGUGGGACUAACAAUGCCACGGUACUGUCUCUUUGGAGACACAGUCAACACUGCCUCACGGAUGGAGUCCACAGGCCUGCCUUAUCGAAUCCAUGUCAACAUACGCACAGUGGAGAUCUUGCAUUCGCUCAAAGAAGGCUUCAAACUGGACUGCAGGGGCAAAACAGAGCUGAAGGGAAAAGGCAUUGAAGACACGUAUUGGCUCACAGGCCGUGUAGGCUUUAACAAGCCCAUCCCCACCCCUCCUGACUUGCUGCCGGGUGCAAGCAACCAUGGCAUAAGCAUGGAUGAGAUCCCCGAGGACCGAAAGAAGAAGCUACAAAAAGCACGUCCAGGGCAGACAUAGCCAGGCAACCGUUGUGGAAUGCAUAGCCAUUCUCAACAGAGCUCAAAUGGCAACCAAGAUCUGUGGUCUGUUCCUGCUGGUGCUUUCGGACCAACUCUGAUGAGGCCUUUUGGACACAUGAGGAGGAGGCAAGUAGGCAGGAGAGACCCUUUGAAAGGAGGAUGAAUUGGUGGUUGGUGUUUGAAGGGCUCCCAGCUUCCUUUGCCCACAACCAUCUUGAUUUUAAAAAACCAGCAAUACGGCCUCAUCCAUUCUCUCCCACACUAUAUAUCUUCCUCGCCCACUCUUGUUGGUUCUGGCAUUUGGGGAAACCUCAGCUCAACCUAAGAUUUUCCAUUCGCUCUCCAAACCAAAAAGGGAAAGGAAAGGAAAAGGGCCACAUGCAUGAUGGGACUUUGGCCAGCCUGCAGUUUGCCAUUUCUACACUGAUCUAAAAGGCUGAAUGCAUGAUGGGACUUUAGUCAAUUUAAGAACAGCAGUUGAUUCUUCUCUCCUCUCAGAGACUUCAUUUCAAGACUGUGGGGCUACUAAGGAAGAACAGGUGCAAGAGUGACCCUCAAAGUGGCUUUCUCCAGAGAGGUUUGGGGUCCAGUGUUGAAUGACUCUACUAUGCUUUUGUGACAAACUGAUGGUAAUCCCAGGUGGGCCAAUGAUGAGGUGGCUAAAUGAAACUAUACCCCACCAUGAGCAGAGAGAUUACCUUGUUACUGCUAGGUGGCUAGCAGGGUUUGAUUCUGCAGAUGCACCAAUGGUCUAAUGGCAGGAGAAGGGUACCUUUAGAGAAGAUUGGACUCACCCAUCUGCUCAGGGCAGGGCACAUCUUUUGCGCCUCUUGAUUUUGGAUUCGAUUCCAUGAAGAUGUUAAACUCAAGUUUAAGAAAGUGCACUUGGAGUUUCCAUAACUGUUGGAACAGUGAAUGGUGGGCCUUGGUACAAGUACCAUUUGGGGGGAUUCAGCUUCUAUGGCAAUCUACCGGAUGGCAUUCUUGCUUCAGAGACGUAUUUAUACACCUGUCAGAAUUGGCGUUCUUAAGGGCUACUUUCCUAUUACAAACCCAUGAGCCCCAUUGCCUUUUAAAAACCCAACCAUCCCAAAAUGCUUUCUUUCUAACAGGGUUGUUUUGAGUGAGGAAGCAGAAGGGAAGGGAGCAUAUCACACAACCGUGAAUUCCUUUGACAGAGGUCCUGUAUCACCCAUGCAAGGCAAUUUACAUUUUGUAAAUGUAGUUGUCAUUGAUCUUUUAAAAAUGAGAUGGAUUAUGCUCAACCAGAUUGGUAUUCUUGAAAAUUGCAAGGGAUGUUUGCUGAAAAUUUGGCUCAGGAUGGUUAGAAUUGACCCUCAGAGUAAACUACAGUUGAUUGUCUGGGCUGUUAAAUAUAGAUAAUAAAAUAUUUGCCCAGCAAUUGUCCAUAGUUAAAAUAAAAAAUAUUAAGAUUUAUGUCAACGUGACUUUUCCAACAAUGGUGAGCUGGCUUGACACAUUUGACCCAAGCUUGUAUAAUAAGUGUAUAUAAGAUGAUAUUUCUUUAAAGGCAUGGUUGCUAUUUGUCAGCAGACAAAAAGUAUUUUUUUAAAGGGGCAGGGAGUGAUACCCAUCACCGUCUAUUUCCUCAUUGGGCAUGGACUGGCCAGCCUCAGAAUUUGUCUAUCAUUUUCAUAGACUGUGUACAAAUUGUACUUUUUUUCCUUUAUUCUUCUUAUUUAACAAGUAUCAGGUUAUUUUAUUUACUUAUAAAUAUCUAUUUUUGCAAUGUUGUUUUUUCCCCCUCUUGCAAAACUUGGGGAGGGCAGGCAAGACAGCCGGAGCAUCUGUGGGUGGGAAUG